GCCACAUUCAGGUGCACUGCAGGAGACGUGGGAUUCCACCAUUACAUGCAAGGCAAUUUUUGAUUUUGUUUUCUUCUUGUUUACAGGGCAAAAUGAAGCACAGCCGGGUAACAGAGCUUCCAGAGGAUUUUUGGAUCCCCAUCCCUUUAGAUACAAAUAACAUCACAUCUCUCAGUCCCUUCGUUGUCCCCCAGGACCAUCUAGGAAGCGCAGCCUUGUUCUACGCUUUAGCCAUAUACAUGUUUAUUGUAUUUGUUCUUGGCAGUGGCAUCAAUAUCCUUACAAUUGCAUGUACUGCCAAAUACAAGAAGCUGCGGUCCCACCUCAACUACAUCCUGUUGAAUUUGGCUGUGUCUAAUCUGCUUGUGUCCUUUGUGGGCACCUCUGUUGGCUGCUGUGCGUUUGCAGCCAGAUAUUUUUUCUUUGGAGCUCUAGCGUGCAAAAUCGAAGGAUUCAUGGUGACACUUGGCGGUAUGGUCAGUCUGUGGUCACUUGCUGUGAUUGCUUUUGAAAGAUGGCUGGUCAUCUGUAAGCCACUUGGUAACUUUGUCUUUAAGCCUGAUCAUGCUUUAGCUUGCUGUGCCUUCACCUGGGUGAUUGCAUUUAUUGCCUCAGCUCCUCCACUGUUUGGAUGGAGCAGGUACAUCCCAGAAGGUCUGCAAUGCUCCUGUGGCCCAGACUGGUACACCACAAACAACAAAUACAACAAUGAAUCUUAUGUGAUGUUCCUCUUCUGUUUCUGCUUUGCUGUUCCACUCACCACCAUCAUCUUCUGCUACUCACAGCUGCUGAUUACACUGAAAAUGGCAGCAAAGGCCCAGGCUGAGUCUGCCUCCACUCAGAAGGCAGAGAGGGAGGUGACCAAGAUGGUGGUUAUCAUGGUGAUGGGCUUCCUGGUGUGCUGGCUGCCGUAUGCCAGUUUCGCUCUGUGGGUUGUGAACAACCGUGGGCAACCAUUCGACCUGAGACUUGCUACUAUACCAGCAGUGUUUUCCAAGUCUUCUGCAGUCUACAAUCCAAUUAUCUACAUUGUACUCAAUAAACAGUUCCGUUCAUGCAUGCUGAAGAUGCUUGGGAUGGGUGGAGGUGAUGAUGAAGAGUCAUCAACACAGUCAACAGUCACUGAGGUCUCCAAAGUGGGGCCUGCAUAGAUUGAACAUUGUUAUGUAAUGUGAUUGAACAGCCAGUUUUUUUUUUUUCUUGUCAAAAUACGUCUGCACAGGUGACUGAUCAUUUGUGUUCUGUAAAUAUGUAUACAUAAUGAUGUAGAUGAUGAUGUCAGAACUUAAUGAUGUAGUGAAUGCUCAUCACAUCACAUCUUUUGCCCAGCAAAUAUAAAAAAUGUAAAAAAAUAAAUAAAUUCAGAUCAAUA